AUGGUCCAUCUGGCAGCGGCACUGGCUGGAGAGAAGCAGGAGCCGCCACCUGAUGGGUCUGGUUGGAGUCAGCUGGAACUAGCAGCAGUAAUUCUUGUGCCGUCGUGCCUGGUGUGUAUAGGUGUCAUUCUGGGAAUGUGUGCCGUACAAAACCUGCGAUGCACACACAUUAAAGCCCACAAACAGGAUCCAGAGGAACCCCUGGAUGACCAUACUCUGGUGUCACCUGACAAAUGCCUGAAAGAGCUCAUCUAUGACAUGAGCACCUCUGGCUCUGGUUCAGGAUUGCCUUUAUUGGUCCAGAGAACGAUUGCUCGAACCAUUGUCCUCCAGGAAAGCAUUGGAAAGGGGCGCUUCGGGGAAGUGUGGAGGGGCAAAUGGAGGGGGGAGGAUGUCGCUGUGAAGAUCUUCUCAUCACGAGAUGAACGCUCCUGGUUUCGUGAGGCUGAGAUUUAUCAGACAAUAAUGUUACGUCACCAGAAUAUUUUGGGAUUUAUUGCCGCUGAUAACAAAGAUAAUGGCUCAUGGACACAGUUGUGGCUGGUGUCAGAAUAUCAUGAGCAUGGUUCUCUCUUUGAUUACCUGAACAGAUACACGGUAUCAGUGGAGGGAGUGAUAGGUCUGGCACUGUCCAUCUCCAGCGGUAUCGCCCACCUGCACAUGGAGAUUAUUGGCACUCAAGGGAAGCCCGCCAUUGCUCACAGAGACAUAAAGUCAAAGAACAUCCUGGUUAAGAAGAACGGAACUGCUGUGAUUGCGGAUCUUGGUCUGGCUGUCAAACACGACUCUAAUACCAACACCAUUGACAUCCCCAUUAACCACAGAGUGGGCACCAAGAGGUACAUGGCUCCUGAGAUCCUGGAUGAUUCUAUAAACAUGAGUAGCUUUGAGUCCUUUAAGCGGGCUGAUAUGUACUCACUUGGCCUGGUGUUCUGGGAACUUGCUCGCAGAUGUUCUGUCCAAGGGAUUCAUGAAGAUUUCCAGUUGCCUUAUUAUGACCAGGUGCAAUCAGACCCAUCAGUGGAUGAUUUGAGGAAGGUGGUGUGUGAACAAAAACUCCGACCUAACGUUCCCAACCAGUGGCAGAGCUGUGAGGGACUGAGGGUUAUGGGUAAGAUCAUGCGGGAGUGCUGGCAUGCCAAUCCAGCUGCUCGGCUUACAGCACUACGUGUUAAGAAAACCUUAUCUCAGGUGACGGUGCUCAAGGACGUUAAAGAGUAACCCAGCGGCCUGGUUACCCCUCUUAUCUGUGUCUGUCAGUGUUAUUGGGACAUUUAAAAUGCUCAGUUAAGAUGCCAAAGAUUGCAGGAAUAUCCGAGGGAAAGACUGUCUUGCUAUGACAAUGUGCUUUGAAAAAAUGAAGGAAAGUGUAUUCUGUUUUGUAGUCAAUAGAUGGUGAUACUGCUACCUCAACUGAUCCUACAAGUGCCAAAUGCUUUGAGUUGCACAUUAAGCUUUGUGCCAUAAAUGUUUUGCUUGGUGUAAUUUACAAAGUCGCACUUAAAAUGUCUGUAUAUCUGUUUUCAGAAAAAAA